UCAAAGCUGCGGACCGUUCAUCACCGCAGUUGUAGGUCUCGCAAGAAUUGUUUUUAACUUUUGCCGUUCCCGAGUUUUGACCUCUGCGUCGAUGAAGGCUACGAUGUCGUGGGACUUCAACUUCCCGGUCAGCGUGGAUGACCUCGUCAAGGCUGGUGGAGUGGACCAGUACGUGGUCCAAGAUGUUUUAACGCCAAAGGAACUACCUUCUCACCUCAACAGGUUCAAGCAAGCUCUGCGCAGCCAGGGUCCACUCAGCAUUCUGGAGCAUUUUGACACAGCCUACAGUGUUCUGCAGCAUUGGCGAACACUGGACACACCUGUGAAGGAGGAAACUCUGGAUCUGCUGAUUCAAGUGGUCCGAGGCCUGUCUGCGUCUCUGCCACCUCUGUUGGAUGCCGGAGCCCUCUCUGCCGAGGACCGCAAGCCACAGCUCAACGCAGUCAAGAUGAGCGUCUUCAUGCUCUGCAAGUUCGCAGAGACCCUUGAGAGCGACUCCUACAGACAGAGCAUUGUUACGGCUCCUGUCAAGGGCCGUAAGAAGCCCAAGGGUGCUGAUGGUGUGCUCCAGUGGGAGUCUGAGAGGGAGGUGGUGCUACAGAGCCUCUCCCAGCUGCUGCAGCUCAACAUCCGCUCCCUCUGGAGCCUCUCGCUCGUAGAGGAGGAGUUUGUGAGCUGUGUGACGUGCUGCUGCUACAAGCUCCUGGAGAACCCCACCAUCAGCCAUGUGAAGAGCAAGCCCACCAGGGACCUCAUCAUUCUGGUGCUGGGGGCCAUGAUCAAGAAGUACAACCACAUGCUCGGGGCUCGUGUGAAGGUGAUCCAGCUCUUGCAGCACUUUGAGCAACUGGCCGGGGUGUGUGCUCAGGCUGUAGCCACCUGGAGCUCCGACUUCGGGGUGAAGGCCAUCGUUGGAGAGAUCAUAAGGGAGAUUGGCCAGAAGUCCAGUGAGGAGUUGAGUCGUGAGGGCUCGGGGGUGAAGGCCUUCUCCAGCUUCCUGUCCGAGCUGAGCACGCUGGUGCCAGAAGUCAUGAUCCCCAACAUCAGCGUCAUACUCACACACCUGGAGGGAGAGAGUCCCAGUAUGCGAGUGGCGGUGUGCGAGAUCCUGGGCGAGGUGUUGGUGCGCAUCCUGACGGGCGAUCGGCUGGAGGACUCAGCCCGCGCCGACCGAGACCGCUUCCUGGACACGCUGCAGGAGCACAUGCACGACACGCACUCCAACGUCCGCACCCACGUACUACAGGUCUUCACACGCAUCGUCAACAGCAAGGCCCUGCCGCUGUGCCGCUACACUGAGGUGAUGCAGCUGGCCGUGGGCCGUCUGGCUGACAAGUCCGUCAACGUCUGCAAGAGCGCCAUCCAGCUGCUGGCUGCCUUCAUUGCACACAACCCAUAUAGCGGCAAGCUGAGCAGUGCAGACCUAAAGAAACCGCUGGAGAAGGAGACGGCCAAACUCAAGGAGAUGAGGGACAAGAUGGCUGACAAGGCACCAGUGGCGGUGAUCUCUGCUGCUGAGUUGUGGACGGCUAUGGAGCCGGAGGUGCUGCAGACGGUGAUGAGUCUCCUGGAGCCCAGCAGCGAGGAAGAAGAGGCCAGGGAAGAGGAGGAUGAAGAAGGCGAGGCUGAGGAGGAGGAUGAGGAGGAGAGCGACCGCAACACUGCCAUCCACAUCGCCCAGCUCCUCAGAGACAACAAAUACAGGCAAGCGGUGCGGUCCUGUAUUAAGGCUCACCAGCGCUUCCCAGAUUCCAAGUACUUCUCCUCACUCUCCACCCCCGACACACAGGCCGUCAUGGCCACCCUGGGAGGCCUGUUCAAAGGCUCAGAUGAAGACGGUGAGCAACAGAAUGGCCACCCUGAGACGGAGAGCGAGCCUGGCCUGGCCACCCCCGAGGGCAAUGUGGUGGGGAGCGAGGUCGGUAGCCAGGUGGGGAGCGAGCUGAGCCAGGCUGGUGGUGCAGGUGCAGGUGCAGGUGCAGAGGGAGAGCUGAAGAAGCAGGAGAUGCUGGUGCAGUACCUGAGGGACACGGAGAGCUUCUCACUGCAGGUGGAGAGGGCCAUCGCCAUCAUCAACAACAUGCUCUACUGGAAGACCACCACAGUGGUGCAAGAGGCUGUGCUGUUCUGCGUGACUGUGUACGAGUUCAGCGUGGCCAACUCGCUGUCUGGCGUGAGGAAGAUGCUGCCACUGGUGUGGUCCACCGAUACGGCCAUCAAGGACGCGGUGGUGCAGGCCUACAGGCGCCUCUACCUCAACCCUCAAGGAGACUCCACCAGGACUAAAGCCCAGACUCUGGUGGACAGCCUGUCAGAGCUGAUGAUGGACGCCUCCCUGGGGACCAUCCAGUGUCUGGAGGAAAUCGUGCAGGAGUUCUUUGGCAGUGAGAGUGCCCUGCAGGUGUCUGUGGUGCAGGUGUUGUGGGAGCGCUUCUCUGGCAAGAGGGAGAGCACGGCGCUCAACAAGCGCGCCGCAGUGCUGCUCCUGGGAAUGGCCGCGCGUGCGGAGAGGGAGGUGGUUUUGAGUAACUUGGACACGCUGUGCUCGGUGGCUCUGGGGGAGUCUGUGACUGAGGACUACCUGCUGGCCAGAGACGCGGUCAUCACCAUCUGCAACAUCACCGACCAGAUCAGGAUGUCCAAAGGAGCUCCUUUCCGGCUGCCCCAUGAUCACCAGCUCUUCACCUGUCUUACACAGGCCAUCGCUGACGGCGUGGUGCUGUGCGACCCCCACUGGCAGACCUUCAUGGAGCAGGCUGUGCGGCUCAUCUACUUCCUGGCCGAGUCACCUGACCAGCUGUGCGGCCGCCUGCUGCAGCGCUCCGCUCGCCUCCUAUUGGAGCAGGCCACCGAGGGCCGGCCCGGCAGCCAAUCGGACGAGGGCUCCAUCGUGAGCUCGCAGGAAGACGACCAGUCAAUGGUGUCCUCGCAGGGCCCAGAGGAGCAGGGAGAGCGAGUGAGCUGCGUGUCCCUGGCUCAGCUACUGGCGCUGUGCGGCUGCGUGGCCUUCUGGCAGGUGUCGUACCUGGAGCGCAGUGUGAGCGCCGAGCUGCGCAGGAGGAGAGCGGAGAGGGAGGAGAAGGAAGAGAAGGACAAGGGGCCUGCCAACAAGACCAAGGAAACCAACGAGAGCUGUGUGGAGGAGGAGCUUGGCUUGACGGGCGCCUCUGCAGAGGACACGGAGGCCGAACUCAUCCGCAAGAUCUGCGAGACGGAGCUGCUGGCAGAUGAGAACUUGUUGUGUGUGUUUCUGCCGUUGCUGGUGCGAGUGUGCAGCUCUCCAGGCCGCUACUCCCAUCCCCAGCUGACCACGGCUGCCUGCCUGGCCCUCUCCAAGUACAUGAUGAUCAGCCCUGCGGCGUGUAAGGACCACAUUCGUCUUCUCUUCACCAUCCUGGAGAAAUCCCCCCUGCCCAUCGUCAGGGCCAACACCAUCGUUGCCCUGGGAGAUCUGACAGUGCGCUUCCCCAACAUUCUGGAACCCUGGACCCCCAACCUCUACGCCAGGCUGAGUGACGACAAUGCGUCUGUGCGCUUGACUGCCAUCACGGUGCUGACCCAGCUGGUGCUGAAGGACGUGAUGAAGGUCAAAGGUCAGGUGAGCGAGGUGGCCGUGCUCCUCCUGGACCCUGAGCCACACAUCGCCAGCCUCGCACUCAACUUCUUCAACGAGCUGGCCUCUAAGGACAACGCCAUCUACAACCUGCUUCCUGACAUCAUCAGCCGUCUGUCUGACCCAGAAAGGGCCAUGAACGAGGAGGACUUCCACACCAUCAUGAAGACACUGUUCUCAUACAUCACAAAGGAGAGACAGACGGAAAGCCUGGUAGAGAAACUCUGUCAACGCUUCAGAACGGCAAAGACGGAGCGUCAGUGGGCGGACGUGGCGGUGUCUCUGUCCCUGUUGUCCAUGUGUGAGCGUGGCUUUAAGCGUCUGCAGGAGUGCUGGGAGUGCUAUAGUGACAAGCUGACGGAGGCUGGAGUCUACCAGCCGCUCCUCUCCAUUGUUACCAAGCUGCGGCGCGGGGCCAAGCUGCAGUUUAAGGCCCAGGUGGAUGAGUUUGAGAGGAAGCUGACUGCGGUGCACACUAAAGGCCUGGAGAAUGUAGAGAACGAGGAGCUGGAGGCCCAGAGUGAAGCCAUGAACCAAUCACAGCUCUCCAAGACACCUGCACCCCCACGCAGCACCCGCAAGCCCAGAGGUCGCGUUAAAUCCACCAUUGCGGAGGAGAGUGAUCUGGUGACCCCUAAACAAAGAGGAGGACGCCGAGCCCAGAAGGUCAUCGUCUUCAGCAGCGAUGAGGAAGAGGAGGACGCGGUCAUGGAGGACAGUGAAACUCCCAAAGUGACGACGCCCAUCUCGCGUGCCUCACGGCGCACACGUCUGCGACACUGAUCUUUUUAUUUUGUCUUAUUUAAAAGAGGGGAAAAAAUCGAAAUGUAAACAGUGAACCAUUGCAGGAGGGUCAAGCUGCAAAGCGGCUGCCCUCCACUUGCAUUUGUCCUUUCUUCCUCCUCCUUGUCUUUUUCUUAUAGCAAUUCAGAAAUAAUCUGAAAUAAGCAUCGUUUUCUAUCCUACCUACAGUAUAGUUGACCUAUAUUUACACACCUCUGUAUUGUUUAUGUAGUUUUCUUUUGUGUUUUUUAAUGUGGAUUCUCAAUGAGUUUAACAAAAAAAAAAGUACUAAUAGGGUUAAAAUACGCUGAGAGCAUCAUUUUAUCCAGAUUUAUACAAAGAAAAGUCCCCCUACCUUCUGUGCGCAAAAUGUGGAGUCAUUUUGUUGACUAUCGAAGUUUGGACCCUCUACUCGGGGUAUCACUUUCUCUCUUCAUUUCCUCAACUCCUGUCUGUAUUGUUUUGUAUGUCUGCCUUCAUCUGUCUUUGUCUGUAUUGUUUUGUAUGUUUGCCUUCAUCUGUCUUUGUCUGUCUUUUUUGUCAUCUUUUGAAGAGGUUCAUGUCUGUUAUAUUUUUAAAAAAAGAAUAAAACCAUCUUGACUUUUUAAA